AUGCGGAAGCCCCAGUGCACCUGUUUUUCAGAUCUCGCCAAUGGCAGGGUUGCUCAGAGAGAAGCGCUUUUCCAGCACUUCUGCCGGGCGCUGCAGAAAGCGUGGGAUCGAGAGAAACCUUCGGAUUGCGUCAUUGUCUCUAUGGACACAAACCAGAGGGAUUAUGUGACAGCCAUAGGCCGCCGUCUGCAGGACCGUGGUCUUAUAGUGGAAACAAUUCACCUUGCCUCCGAAUCGGACCUCACUCGCGCCCUGCAGGAUGUUAAAGAUGACGGUUCCCCCUUUUGUAUUCUUGUGGAGCAGUCUAAUGUGAAAUAUUCCUCUUGUACCGUAAUCAUGCUUCAUGAAUCCAUCAAAAUACAUCGGCAUAUGCCCCUGGAGGAUGCACUGGUUCUGGUGGCUAAAGAAUUGAAGAGACUUUUCAUCAGACAAAGCGUUGGAAUUUCUCAGAGGGCUAUUGAGCUGGUAGAUGACUUCCUGGCCCGUGAGCACCUGGCCAGUUACUCUGUUCCAUCCAGCAUUUGUCAUCUUCUUUUCCUGUUGAGUGAGGGGAAGCAUUUGUACAGUGAUGAGCUGGGCCUGAUCAUGGACUACUUAACAAUCAGGAAAGAGCAACUGCAAGGAUGCGAGGCUCCGGAUCCAUCAGCCAGCAGCAUGCCUGCCUCAUUUCAGGGCAGGAUCACCCCCAUUGUGAGCAAGCCUCCUCCUCUGCUGCCAGCUUCUGGCCCCCGGCCCUUACUGGAUAUUGCUCUUCCGCGCUCUAUCAAGCCGCUGGUUGGAGACAGGCAGGAAGUUGGCCUGCUCACUGCACCAGGGCUGGUCAACCCCAAAGGUCUGUUUCCUCCUCCCUUGCUUCAGGUAGGCCCAUCUAAGAGGCCUGCUCCCUUAGGGUUCCCCUCCGCCGUGCCUGUCAAAAGACCACUACCUCAGAAGAAGCAGUUGCCAGUUCUUAUGAAGUCAAUGCCACCCAAGCGGGCACUCCAACCCAUGUCCUUACGGAACUAAGGGAUGUACUGAGGAGUCUGAAGAAUGAGGUGUCUGCUUGUGGCCCAGAGGGCAGCUUUACAUCUUCCAAGAAUCAAGGUCCCUGCUUGGCUGCAGCACUGCUGUCCAAGCCCUGAACACAACUGUGGCUUUCUUUGACAUAUAGUCCUAUGGAGACUUUCUCAUCUAUACAGUAAUCUUUUGUUUUGUUUGUUUUUGGGUUUUUUUUUGUUUUGUUUCUCAAGACAGGGUUUUUCUGUGUUGCUUUGGAGCCUGUACUGGAAUUCAC